CCCGCGUGCGCAAAAAAAAAAAGAAAAGACUUACCUGGCGCGAACAUUGAGAUCAAAGAACAAUUCCUUGGCGGACCCGAGCACAUUUGCUAGCUCCAGUACCUCGACUGUCGCCAAUGGUAAGGCCGUGAACACCAACAUGAACCACAUGGUGGUCAUGGCGACACAGGUGCUGAAAAGAGCCCAAAGGGCUAUUGUUCUCCUCCGUCUCGUCUUGCUGUUGCUGUUGUAAUGAUUGCUAUUUUGUUUGUGCAAUCCCAGUUUACUGGGUGUGUUGGUCGACGAAGAAGACAUUACAGGGAUUUUGUACGCAAUAUAAACAAAUAUGAUGUAAUGGUGUUUACCAAGUUGUUACUUACCUCUUGUUACUGCUGGUGCUAUUAUUGUAAAAGGCACCUCCUUGCCGACGUUUGCGUUUUGGAUUGGGUGAUGAGUAACGUGGUAGUAGUAAUGGUGCUGCUUCUUCGUCCGCGUCGCUCGGGUACCAGUCAUGCUGCUUUUGCUUUGAGUGGAAGUAAUGGUGUCGCUUACUGCUAUUAUUAUCGUUGCUGUAAUUACUAUGUGGGUAUUGCUGUGGUGGAGUUGAUGGUUGCGAUGGUGGACGGAAAGAAGGAGCCGAUGCUCGAAGCAUGGCUGUUGGAGGCAAAUCAGAUACAGCUGAGCGCAGUACUGGACGGCGUGGUUUCGUAUAAUAAGAGUCGCCAUCGGUGUGUCGCUUAUAGUCCUGGUUUGCUGACCAUUGAAAAGAAGCCGGGAGCGUGGGAUACAGCGAGCUAUGAUCGCGAUACACAAACGCUUCCUGUUCAUCCGAGUCUGAAAAAAGAAAAAGCAAAAGUUCGUUAUUGUUACUGCAAUCGACAUCGUACAUACACACACACACACACCUCCACACUUCUUCCACACAGAACCCUAAUUUGUAUAUAUCAGUCACUCGCCAUGGGUUCCGAUAGAUUCUUCCACCAACAGCAACAACAACAACAACAACAAUAGUAGUAGUAGCAAUGAUAGUCCUAAUAUGUGUAUAUCCCCACCCCCAACCUUAUCAUCCCGAAGUUUACCAUUUGCAUCCAGAACAGCGUCGCUCAAGUUUUGUGCAAAU